AUGUCGGCUUUGAACCCCCGAUAUCAGCCUCUUCAAGAGAACACCUCAAUCGCUGAUGUGGACGACGGAGAUCUGUCGGAGGAAGAUGUCAAGUCACGCUCUCCAAGCGAUGGCCACCUUUUGGACCCCACUGGCUCAAGCACGGGCAAGGCACUGAAGUACUCUUCAAACUCCGUCACUAGCCGCAUAUGUGGUGGGCGCAAGCUCACAAAGACAUACAUUGCUGUUUCAGUCCUUGUUCUGGCGAUAUUUGCCUCUGUUAUCGGCGGAGGUGGUUAUUGGGUCUACUCUCAGGGUCAGAUAAAUGGCCAAUCACCACCAUGGUACCCAACUCCACGAGGCGGCUCCCUACCAUCAUGGAAGGACAGUUAUGACAAGGCUCAGAAGCUGGUUGAUCGUAUGAGCCUCGUUGAGAAAGUCAACAUCACCACUGGAACAGGAUGGGCUAUGGACUUGUGUGUCGGGAACACUGCUCCUGCUGUCAAUGCCGGAUUUCCUGGACUGUGUCUUCAAGACGGCCCCCUCGGCAUCCGCUUUGCUGAUCAUGCUACCUCAUUUCCUGCGGGCAUCACCGUGGGUGCCACCUUCAACCGUGAUCUCAUGCGUCGACGAGGUGCCGCUCAUGCUCGCCAAGCCAAGCUCAAAGGCGUCAAUGUGCUCCUGGGUCCUGCAAUGGGCCCGCUGGGUCGAAAUCCCGCUGGUGGUAGGGUUUGGGAAGGCUUCGGCAGUGAUCCAGUCUUGCAAGCAGUAGCUGCAUAUGAGACGAUUCAAGGCAUUCAAUCUCAAGGUAUCAUCGCAACCGCCAAACAUUUCGUGGGCAAUGAGCAAGAACAUUUCCGCAAGUCUUUCGAGUGGGGGUUACCAGAAGCACUGUCUUCGAAUAUCGACGAUCGAACCCUUCAUGAGCUAUACGCCUGGCCGUUUGCCGAGAGCAUCCGCGCAGGUGUCGCGUCAAUUAUGUGCUCUUAUCAGAUGGUCAACAACUCCUAUGCUUGUGCCAAUAGCAAAUUGAUGAAUGGUAUCCUCAAAGAUGAGAUGGGAUUCCAAGGCUUCAUUCAGUCGGACUGGUUGGCUCAGCGAAGCGGCGUGGCCAGUGCCCUUGCUGGUCUAGAUAUGUCUAUGCCUGGUGAUGGACUUUUCUGGCGAAACGGAAAGCCACUCUUCGGUGAUCAGCUCACUCUCGCGGCCUUGAACGGUUCAGUACCAAUGUCGAGGCUGAAUGACAUGGUCGCCCGGAUCGUUGCGGCAUGGUUUCAACUGGGCCAAGACUCUUGGACGUCCAAAGGGCCGAAUUUCUCGUCGUGGACUGACGAUGAGUACGGUGUCUUGCACGAUGGGAGCAGCACCAAGCAACCCAAAGUCGUCGUCAAUCAAUUUAUUGAAGCUGAAAAUGAUGAAAGUCGUGAUAUCGCCCGACAAGUGGCAAGCGAGGGUACCGUGCUCCUAAAGAACGAGGACUCGCUCCUCCCAUUGAGUCCCAAGCUUUCGGAACUUGGUGACGCCAGCCAGAAGAAAGUCGCCAUCAUCGGUGAGGAUGCUGGUCCGGGUAAAGGUCCAAACUAUUGUGAUGACCGGGCCUGCAAUCAAGGAACUCUUGCUGUUGGCUGGGGUUCGGGAGCCACCGAGUUCACAUACCUCGUGGACCCGCUAUCAGCCUUGAAUGCAAGCUUCGACGAGUCAGCUGUCAAUAUCACCUUUUCGGUCACCAACAGUAUUUCCUCGCGUCUUCAGAGCACUCUAGAGGAACAAGAUCUGUGCAUUGUAUUUGGGAAUGCAGAUGCUGGUGAAGGCCAUCGCAUCUGGGCAUCUCAAAGAGCAGACAGGAAUGACCUCGAAAUUCAGAAAGAUGGAACUCGCCUGAUCCGAAACGUCGCAGAGGCUUGUGGUGGUCCGGUCGUGGUCGUCAUUCAUUCAGUCGGGCCCGUGCUCAUCGAGGAAUUCGCCGACCUACCAUCUGUCAAAGCGAUUCUGUUCGCCAAUUUACCUGGCCAGGAAAGUGGUAAUGCACUUGCUGAUAUCCUCUUCGGUCGAACCGAUGCAUCUGGUCGACUCCCAUAUACACUUGGGAAGAGCCUUGAUGACUAUGGUCCUGGCGCUCCUGUGCUCUACUACCCCAAUGGCAUCAUACCACAGGUCGAUUUCAAAGAAGGCCUGAUCAUUGACUACCGCCACUUCGAUAAGCACAAUAUUGAGCCACGGUAUGCUUUCGGCCACGGAUUGUCCUACACGUCGUUCGAGCUGUCAGAUCUGGCUAUCACGAGCUUGAAGGCCAAAUCUCCACUUCCUUCACCAAGGCCGGAAUCUCUGUCCCCCCCGAAUCUCAAUGAGGAACUCCCCGAUGUUGAGAGCGCCCUCUUUCCCAAAGAAUUCUCGAAGCUGACGAAAUUCGUCUAUCCUUACAUUUCCAGCGCUAGCCAAGUCAAGAAAGGAAAAUAUCCCUACCCAGAUGGGUAUGAGCUCAAGCAGGACCUGAGCCAAGCCGGCGGUGGUGAAGGCGGCAACCCGGCCUUGUUUGAGGAGCAUGUCAAUGUCCAAUUACGCAUCAGCAACACCGGCAGCCGGAAAGGAAAAGAAGUCGUCCAAGUAUAUGUUGGGUUCCCUCCGUCAAUACGCGAGCCCUCGACAGGAGAGCUCAUCGAGACCCCUGUCAGAGUACUUCGCAACUUCACCAAAGUUGAGCUUGAAGCUGGUGCUAGUCAAACGGUCAAUCUUACAUUGACACGAAAGGAUCUCAGUUAUUGGUCGGUGAUACAGCAAAAUUGGGUGUUGCCAGAAGGAUCUUUCACAAUCUCAGUUGGUCGGAGCUCUCGGGAUCUGCCAUUGCAGGGGACGUACUGA